GUGGCCGCUCCAUUUGUUUAAGCAGCAAGCAGCAGGAGAAGCAGCGAGUCAUGGGACGGGACUACUACAACUACAACUGGAGAAGGGCAGAAGGCAAAACCAAGUGGUUUAUCGUUCCUCAAGAUCCCCUCCUUUAAUUUUGGCUGUCAAUUUGUCCUAAUCUCCCUCCCGUCAUCUUCCCCACUGCCGAUUCUUCCACUCUGCCGCAGCAAAUUGCUUCUGCUGCGUCCUUUUCCUCCCACUCUCCCUCUCCCACUACAUUGGUGUUGUUGAUCCUGGAAGCCGCAGCUCCACAAGCUCCCAAAAGCAGUCUCCCAGCUUCUUGCUCCUCCAUUUUGUAUGUCCGUUGCUCCAUCUCUCCUCUGAACCUGAACCCGCGUUAGCUACCUCUCAGUCCUACCCGCCAUUGUUUGCAGGAGAGCCAGCAGAGGAGAGGAGAGAGAGAGAGAGCUCGCGACAAGGUUUUGCCUGCACCGCAUCGCCCUCUCCCCGCAAGCUCCAAAAGCCAGUGAGGGGGGACUAAAUAUAGCAAAGGGAGCCCAUCAUCAUCGUCGUCAUCAUACACUAAUGCAACGGGAGAAUCGGAGGCAGGAGAUACACGUCUGUGGCUCUGUGCUCCUCAUUCCUACUCCAAGAUCCCCCAUUUUCCUUCUCGUUUCCGGCGAUUCUUCUUCUUCCUCCUGACUGAUGUCAAUGGCGAUGGUGUGACGCCGAGGGACCCCGAGCGAGCCCAAGAAAGAAACUCCUCCACAUUUCCACACCGUCUCGGUCUGGUCUUCGUCUUCGUUUUCAUCCCUGAGCUGAGCUUUCCCCCAAGCGCCACCACCACCUCCGUCCUCCCAUGGCACUGGUGCCAAUGUGAUACGCGGAGGUGCGGUUGGUCGGUCCUGAGGAGUGAGGAGUAGUACGGAGAGGGUGGGAGAAGAGAAGGAGAGCCUGCGGCAGCACCGGCUUUGGUUUUGCGCGUCCAGGCGGGAGGGGAGAUGGCGGGCGGCGAGGGCUCGGCCGCGGUCGCGGAGGAGGGGGAGAUGCGGUCGCUGGCGCUCACGCCGACGUGGUCCGUCGCCACCGUGCUCACCCUCCUCGUCGCCGGCUCGCUCCUCAUCGAGCGCUCCAUCCACCGCCUCAGCAAUUGGCUGAAGAAAACCCACCGGAAUCCACUGUACAAAGCAAUGGAGAAGAUGAAAGAAGAAAUGAUGUUGCUUGGAUUCAUAUCUUUGCUUCUGGCUGCAACUUCAAGAAUCAUCUCUGGGGUCUGCAUCGAUUCCAAGUACUACAACAGCAGAUUCUCCCCAUGCACCAAAGAAGAGGUUGAAGAAUCGAUAAAUGCAGAGCAUGCCAUUGCUCACGCACGCAAGCAUCUGCUGGAGGUCAUCCUGCAGCAUUCACUGAGGAGAAAUCUAAAAACUAGUUACCAUAACCAUCAAGGCUGCCGUGAGGGGUACGAGUCAUUUGUUUCGCAUGAAGGUUUGGAGCAGCUGCACCGGUUUAUAUUUGUAAUGGCUGUGACUCAUGUGGCAUAUAGCUGCUUGACAAUGUUACUAGCAAUACUCAAGAUCCAUAAAUGGAGAAAAUGGGAGGAUGAAGCAUUCAGGGAUAAUCAUGAAUCAUUUUCUCAGAUCGCAUAUGAGUCAGCAACUAGAAGGCAACCAGCACUUACCAAAUCCUAUUCAUUCCGCUUUUGGAGCCAAAAUAAUGUGGUCAUGUGGCUUGUUUGCUUUGUUGCACAAUUUGGUCAGUCUGUUGUUCGAGCAGACUACCUUAUCCUCCGCAAGGGUUUUAUAAUGACCCACAAUCUUCCGCCAACAUAUGAUUUCCACAAUUACAUGAUACGCUCAAUGGAAGAGGAGUUUGAGAAGAUUGUUGGAGUGAGUGGACUGUUGUGGGGCUUCGUUGUUUGUUUUAUGUUAUUUAAUGUAGACGGAUCGAACCUGUACUUUUGGAUAGCAAUUCUUCCUGUAACUCUUGUUCUUCUGGUGGGUGCAAAGCUGCAGCAUGUCAUCGCAACUCUAACAGCAGAGGGUGCAAAGAUGAGCACCUAUGGGCCAAGGAUACAGCCAAGGGAUGAUCUCUUUUGGUUCAAGAAACCAGAGUUUCUCCUUUGGUUAAUACACUUCGUUCUCUUUCAGAAUGCCUUUGAGUUGGCUUCGUUCUUCUGGUUCUGGUGGCAAUUUGGUUAUGAUUCAUGCUUCAUCAAAAACCACCUUUUGGUAUAUUGCCGCCUUAUACUAGGGUUUGCUGGACAGUUCCUAUGCAGUUACAGUACAUUGCCUGUUUAUGCGCUGGUCACUCAGAUGGGGUCCAAAUACAAGGCGGCGCUGAUCCCGCGGAGGAUCAGAGAGACCAUACAUGGGUGGGGGAAGGCGACGAGGAAGAAGCGUCGUCGCCGCCGCGGCGACGACUCGACGGCCCGCACGGAGACGAGCACGGUGUGCUCGCUCACGGACGACGACGAGGACGACUUCGACGACCACCACCACGGGCCGUCGGACGAGACCCCGAGGCCCGGGGCCCGGGGCCGCCCGCCGUACCUGAAGAUCGAGAUGCUUCGUCAGUCGGGCAGCGGCCACGACGGCCCCAGGCCCGGCACCCCAUGCUUCCACCCCGCGCCCAUGCCGACGCCGGGCGGCGGCCGCGGCAGCGGGCACGCCAUGCUCCUGCAGCAGGCCUCCGUCUCCGCGCCGUCGUCGCCGUCGUACCGCGGAGGCAACGUGACCAGGUCGGCGUCCAUGCCCGGGUUCGCCGCGCUGAGGAUGGGCUCCGGCACGCCGACGCGCAUGAGCCAUGAGGAGCCCACGUGAUGCGCGCUACCCGUGCACGCCAUGGAUGGCUUGCUAGUGCAGACUGAAGACUGAGCUGCUAGUGUAGCACUGAAUUUGGAGGUAGAUCACCAUAUAGACAUGCAUAUAUAUACACUUAUAUACGAAAAAAUUUGGACGAGAAAUGGCUUCUCCGAUCCGUGAUCCGUGUCGCACACGAGCACCAUCCAUGGCGAACGAACCACCCAAACGAGGAGCAACGGCAGCGGGUGAACGGACGCCGCAGGUGUACAACAACUCCCACGCGCUGGCCGCAACCGAACGUGCACCCGCCGCCACCGCCAACCAACCAUCCGGAACCUACAAAUAUACACUCGGAAGAUCCGGAACCAUCGCGUUCUCCAUUCCCGUCCCACCCCAGGGCAGGGCUCGUUUUCAUUCUCCACAGCUCCGUCGCGACGCGAGACGAGGCGCGCAUGCGCACGGUGCCGGCGACGUCUCCACCGUCGCCAUGCAGGGCGGCGCCGAGGAGGCUGCUGGGCGUUGCGCAGCCGCAGCCGUCGCCCGUGGCUCUGGCUGUGGUGCCGGCUGCUGCUGCUGCUGCCGGGAAGCGCAAGCCGGGGCACCAGGUCCGGAGGGCGGUUUCCAAGGUGGUGGCGGCGCCAUGCAGGCGCGGGAUGAGGGUCAUCGGCACUCCAUGCAAGAAGUGCUGGUACACGCUGCGCCGCCGCCUCCGCUGCUGACUCCGACCCUCCCUCCCAUUGCGCAGCCGCUCCUCGUGCACAUGGACCCGGGAGAAAGGAGGCGGCGAGACUGCUGCGACGCGGGCAUCGACGUCGACGGCGAUAUCAGAUUGUAUUAGGUAAUAGGUAUGGUCAUCGUUCCUACGUUAAUUCCACAUCGGUAAUUACCAACGGUGAGCGUGGCGCUGGCGAGUAGGAUGGAUAUAGCGAGCUGGGCUGGAUUCGCUACGCACUUUUGAACGAAUAUAUGGUCGAAUUUGUCCA